AUGGCGGCGUUUUUCGAGGAGCUGUUUUCAAGCAUCUUCACCCCCGGAGCAACGCCCACCCUCCUAAUCGCGACCAACGCUACUUUCGCCGCUCUCCAGGUCGUCUUCUUCGCUCUCCUCCUCGCAACAUACAGCAUACACUUUGUGGUCCUCUCUUGUAUCAGUGGCGCACUAUGGUAUUCGAUAAAUUGGUUUGCCGCGGAGAUAAAGGCAGAAAGUGAACGCCAGAGGAAGCUUGAGGAGAGCAAGGAGAAGGAUGACAAGGGAUCGUCGACGGAUCUUGCUAGUCUACGCGCGAAGAAAGAGGCUUCUCCUGUCGCUCGCUUGUCGGGGGCUACCUCUGAUUCAGCCGAGAGCGGGACCGAGACAGAAAGCAUUCGCGCCGGAACUGUUGGAACCCCGAAAAUAUCGAGUUCCUCCCCGUUAAGCGGUGGUGCUGCUGCGAGGCGGUCUACGCCAUCAGCAUCGGGUGCACAGGUAACCCUUACACCUGAGAGUAGCACAGACGAGCUCAAGCAUCGGAAGCCGUCUGGGGAUAGCUCAGGAUAUAUCAGCACCGACAGCGAAUGGGAAAAGGUCGACGAUAAGGAUCGAUAA